UCAGUGUGAUUUGAAUUUCCAGUUGCUUUUACCCGUUAAAUUGAUGAGAUCCUGCGUCAUUGAGCAGUAUUUGAUCGCUUAAAUCAAACAAAUUGGACGAAAGAACAAAAGUUGUUUGUUUGGCUAUUGUCAAAGUCAUCAUUAGUCGCAAUAUGAUGACAUUCUUCUAGUCUUGUUCUAAGCAUGGCGGCUGCUGUUCGAAAAGGACGUCACAGAGUCACAUUUGCCCACCCGGACGCAAACGUGUAUCCCCCUACAGUACCUGAAGAUCAGUUCUCAAAUCCAUUUGAAAACGUGGAAGACGACGAAGGAGAAACAUCGAACCCUUUCAAUGUCCUUGACAGUCAAUCUGAGCCCCUGGAAGCUCUUGAAAAUGCGCCACCGGAGUCUCUCAUUGACUCAGCCUCUAAUCCUUUUAGCGAAGAGAGUAACGCGUCAGUGCCAAAUAAUAACAACCAAUUAUUAGGCUCUUGGACCGAACUGCAGAUAUCGCAAAUCGAAUCUCAGACUGCAGCCAAAAUUCCGAAUCCCCUGACGCGUGAACAGUUGAAUGCAUCAUUUAAUCCUCUUGGAAUACAAGCGUUUGCGGAACUGCUGGACCAGUUUCUGUUAUCAAAGGGAACAACCCAUGAUUGCGAACUCUGGAGUUUAGUGCAAGAACAUUACAACUCACGUAUUGCGUACGUUAAAACGUGGAAGAAACUGCAGGAGCUGAAAUCAACCGUGAGUGGGUUUACAAAAUCAUUUUGGAUCUUCUCGACCAAAGUUUUGACUAAUUCGCAAGCUUGCCGAGAUAAUCGAACUGUGACGCUGACCCACGAGUAUGAGUACGCAGACUUCAGCGAGUCCACUUUCAAAAUGUUCCAAAAUCUCUGGGACUCUAUGAAGAAGACCCUGACUGUUCACCUGAGUCGGGUCCAAUUCGAAAACGAACUAUCAUGGGUGAAGAUUGAGAAGUUUCUGAACAAAUUUCUAGUAAAUUUCGUGGCAAUCGAAAAGCCAGACUUGAAUACGAGGAACGCUACCUUCAGAUUCUCGCCUCACAAUUCAAGAGCUGUUUCAGAAAUGCAUAAAAUACUGAAUGUUUUGUUCCAUUUUUUGAGAAAACCGAAAAGCGAUGACAAGUUUGUGAAUGACAUAAUCCAAUGGAUUCAUAAAUGUUGUGCAGUUUUCCUGCGGUGCUCGACUCUUUCCGAUCACAUAAUGCUUCUGAAUAAUGCUCUCAGACUUCCGGCCAGUGUAUGUAAUGACGAUGUGUUCACGUUAAUUCAUCUGCCGACCUUCAAUUCAACUCCAAAUUCGGUUUCGGAGGCGACGGUUGUUGCUCUAGACCACACACUGCUAAUAGCCAAGUUCAUGCUUUCAUCCGUUCCGCAAAGGUCGGCAUAUUUGAAGGAGCUGGAAAAGACGCCAGAUGUGGGAAUGAAUGCAGACAAUGAUGGAAAGUGUAAUUGGAUUCUUCUGGACGAUAGUGGCGAGGAGUCUGAAUGUCCUGAAGCAAGUUGGCACCUCUUCGAAGAAUCGAACGUUCUCGGUUUUAUUGAAAGACUUCCCUUGGAAAAGAUUCUAUCGAGUCUGUCUUCAAUUAUGAGCAACAGACAGAUUUUUAUGCAGAGUAUUGCGUACUUUAACCACCUUUUGACACCCUUCGGAGACUGUUUUCAACACUACAGUUUGGAAAGAUACGCUUCGUUGCGAAAACGUGUCGCGAGCUAUUGUGUUGCGUUAGUCAAUUUCACAAUCAAUUCUUAUAUCAUCCAUUUCAAAGAAAUCGAGUGUGUUAAAUUUGUAUCUGACGAAAAUGAAAUACUGCAACAAGAGGUAGAAGCGUUACUGAUGCGGACUUUCUCGCUUCUGUGUCAAAAUAUUAAUGACAAAAACGUCUUUCCGUCCAUUCAAAACUUUAAUUUUGCGUUUGCAAGAGCAAAUACAGCCUGGAAACUAGCUUACAUGCUAAUUGGUCCGCAACAGUGUGUGGAAAUUGAAGAUCUCCUACAGUACGACCGUGAUCCAAAAGAUCUUUUCCUUGACGGCCUGAACAGUUUUGGUAGUUUGGACGAGAAAUUACAAAACAGUUUUUUUGUAUGUGGAGCGGCUCUUCUUUCAACCUUGUCCAAAAUAAUCGGAGAUUGUAGUUUCGUUGACCAAGAGCUCUUGGUUUUUACAAUGAAUGCGCUAUUCUAUAUAUCAUAUAUCAGUGGGCAACAUAAAGAAAACUAUUUCAAGUUCGGCCAUAAUCUCAUUUCGUACCUGCUAACAACCCAUGUGGAACUGGUGACUUUCUAUUUGAACAAAAUCAACAGAAAUUGGGAGAAGAUGCUAUCCGAUAUCAGCAUGAAUUUCCUCCUGGAAAUCAGUCUGGACCAGUGGAUUCCGUCGCUAUCAGACGUUGAGUUACUCUUGCACUGGUUAGAGUUCUACGAUAUUCAGCACUCGCUGAACGUCUUAGCGCGAAAGGUGUUGUCCUAUAUUGACUGGCUUAUAACCGAUGAAUCGGGCAAGCUGUUGAUUCCAACAUUGAUCCAAAAUCGAGUCCUGGAAAUCAUUCUCCACAUCUACUCUUCAACUGUAGUGAAAUCUGAGAUCAAUGAUGUUCCUCUAGAUGCCAAACAUGCCAGAAGCCCAGAGUCCCCUCCUGCGGUUACUUCUAACCCCAUUCAGAACUUUGCAGCUUGGGCGUGGAAAAUGGUUACGAUUAUGCAAGUGAAGGGCAAUGUUCUAGAAAUGAAAGGUACUGAGCUCAAAGCAGAAUCAAAAGUGGUUCCUAACGGACACUUCCUGGCGAUGUAUGCUGCUCUUGUGAGCAGCGAUUCUUCUAGUCAUAUGUACAGUCUAUCAAACGGAGGUCUGAAAAUGUUGAAACAGCUGACACUAAGUGGGUUCCUAAAACCAGUGGUUCAUAUUUUGGAUGCGAAACUUAAGUUCGAAAUCUCAAAUCUGGACGUGCUCUUUGUUCAGAAAAGUUGCUUUGCAGAGAUUCUGGUCAACAUUUGUCAAGGCGAUAGUUCAUUUUCGCACAAAAUGGGACUGGUGGCAGAAGCAGGACCUAACACGUCUCUACUUUCAGCUAUGAUUGUGUCGCUUUUGCAGUCUGUCGAGUCAAUCAACAAACAGCACUCGAAGUACUUGAUGGAGUUCCUUCUGUCUGUCAUUUUGUCCUAUCCUGGCUUCUCUUUUAAUUACUACCUGCUGCACAUCCUAGAACAGCUCUGCUUCUUUUCCUUCACUUCCAAGUGUCUCCGUGAAUGCGUGAGAAUCACUUUUCUCAGACAUCUCGAAGAAAUACAGAGAGUCGAUGUGUCGAAAGGAUUCAGACUCUUCUCAUCUCACAAAUAUUUCACGCCGCUGCCUUGUUACAAAACAUACCCAGAGUUUGGAUUUGUUUCUUACUUUUCACUCAUCGCUCAAAUUAAUUUCGAGGACCAAAAUGGAAUCUGGAACCCUUUAAUUGAAAAGAUGCUAGAAAACGUACAGAAUGCGCCAGGAGCAAUCCUGAAAGACCUUCAGUUGGAAAAGUGGUCUUGUACCUUCUCAGAAACAUCACUGAGUAUUUACUUAGUAGUAGAUGUUUUGAUGCUAGUAGAGAGCAAUCAUGUGGCGUUUCCCUUGUUGUCCCAGCUAUUCUUCAGUCGGUACUUCUUCCGGCCAGGUGCGACAAUCGGCUCAUCCGGUGUCAAUUCUUCAAACAGUGUCGGUGAAAGAUUCUUUGCUAGCUACUACUACAUGGGAACCAUAAAGAAGCUCAAGCUUCGCUUUGAAGACGCCGCGAAGGUGCGAAGAGACUUGAAAACAGAGUUGAAAAUGUCAGAUGAAAACUCGGAAGAGGAAGUAGAUGCUUCUGAUGUUGACUUGGGCGAACUCUAUUCGGGCUCUUCUUCUUACGAUGUGAAAAACAUGACAGGAAAGGAGGCGAUUUGUAGACACUUGGAGGCGUUCUCACUGUGGGCAGAUGAACCGAGGCUACACACGACGACAGUUAAGUUUGAAAACUUACCCGAAAAUUACAUACCUCAAAGUUUAAUCGAUGUAAUUACAUGUGGAAUCAAACCUCUGGAUAUUUUCACGGCUGAAAUCCAAACGGAAGGUAUUGUAAUAAAGUGCAUGAAAUUAUGGCAUGAUGAACUUUAUUCGUAUCUGAAGAAGCCAGUUGUUAUGGUGGAGAACUUUGACUUCUCGACCGAAGCUGCCAAGUAUAGAAUUGAGAGAGCUAAAUCGAAGUUCGUCUAUCGUCAUUUCGAGUUACCAGAGGUAAAGGCAUCAGUUAUUCCACUCAGCUCGGUCGAUUCUCAACUGCUGAUUUCAAACCGAAGUCUCCUCGAAUAUUUUGGAAAAUCUUUCAAUUCUUUGACCUCGUUUGCUCAGAAACAGGUUUCUGUUUGGAAAGAAUUGUCCAAUGAUUUUGACAAGUUCACCGAAUUGACCCCGCAGCAGUAUGAGAAUAAAGUAACGACUUUGCAAAAAGUGUUGAACUGUGAAAGCAUGCUGCAAAGACAUCGCUGCAGUGGCCCUGUAGUGUUCGACCUGUCUUACAACUGCAAAUCUGAAAACUUGGCUGUCAGUUUCGAGCUUGAUCGAAUUUGGAAGAAGAUUCUAGAAUCAGUCACCGAUGAUAUCAAAUGUCCUCUGGAAGUGGUAAACGCGGUCGAAAUUAUGGAAGAAAUUGUGAACCGGCUAAUCGAUCUUUCUCAAGCGCACGCAAGCUCACCAACCGAUAAGCAAGUGGCGACAAAUAACUCGAUCGAUCUUUUCUUCCUGAUCGCCAAUAUACUUUCCGAAGAAGUUCUGACCUACCCACCGUUCGGUAAAAUAACCGAAAUUUUGUUCAACCUGUUGGGUUCGAAUUUCAUUGCUAACUCUGGCGACAGUCAAGUCCAACUUUUGGACGUGCUGUUGACGAAACCAUUUCUAGUGCAAAGUCUAAACGCCUAUUUCAGACCAGAAUUAGCGCACGGAAAGUUUUGUGCUUUCUAUCAAAAAUUAUCCGCGAGAAUUAUAGCGAAUUUUGACAAAGCGCACGCCGAAUUGCUUCUGACAAAAUUCGAUUUUGCCUCGUGGCUUUCACAGACUAGCAAUGCGAGUUUGAGAUCAACAGUUCUUGGAUGUGUUUUCGACUUACUUCAAUUUGUGGGAAAAGAAGUUACAGAGGAGUUUAACUGGACUUACACUUGUGCCAGUGGACAUGCGCUCAUGUUUCUGGACGAUAAUUUUGUUCUUGAGUUUCCCACUUUUCUGCUGGGCAUUCUUAAAAUGUCACUGGCAGGAAGAGCAAGUCCUCAACUGUGGGAAGAUUUUGAGACCUUUUGCGGAAUGGAAAAAUUAGUUGUAUCGACGAAUGACCCGGAAAAGACUAAAAGUGAAUUCUCCAAUUGCGAAAAGUUGCAAUCAUUCGUGCAGCUGUUCAGCUCAAGUCACUUUACAACAAAUAUCUCGGAUUUUCUCCACCAAUCGCGGGUCAAUAAUUGGGAAAUCCCUUUGAUCAAGUUGUUCGAUUUCUACAUAGAAGAUAUCAGUAAAUUUAUGAUACUUUUGGCUGAAAUAGUCAUUCAAUCAGUUAACUUCCAAUUUGCUCGAAAUCAAAUUUCCUCUUCAGAAUUGUCGCUGAAUAUUUGGAACCAACUUACAGCCUUAUUUUCACCGCUUAUUGCGCCUUUGACUCUUGACGACAAAUUUCAACUGCCGAAACCGAAUAACUCGGAUCCGAAUGAGGACAAUGAAAGGACGGACUCUAACUUUGAUGUUGCUUGUACUGCCUUUACGGUGGCAAUUUUGGAGGCGAUGAGUCAAGAAAGCUCCUUGGUUGAGUUUGACAUCUCAGUUCCUUCUUACAUGCACCAUUUCUUGAUGUAUUUCAACCAUGUUUUGUGUCCUGCAAGUAAAUCAAACAAUGUGAUGAAUCACUACUUCAAGACAUUCCUGAACCUGCCCUGGAAAAGUUUCAUCCCUAAUAUACAAAGUGUAGACGUGUUGCUACUCAUACGCCAGCAGCCGAAUAUCAACCCAAAAGAGUUUGCGGUCCAGAUUUUCUUGAGCAUAGACUGGGCAAAAUAUUGCGACCUGCAUGUAAAAAUGGACCCAGAAGUUGCGAGUACAGCGUUGCAUAGGUUCUUGCUGCUGUCAGUCUUACUCGAAACUGACGAUGCUUUCAGUGAAAAUACAUGUGCUCUUAUUGUUGGAAAGUUGGACAAAGUUCGCGACGUUAAUUGGCAGCAUUUGUCGCCUGAAUACUUAACGAUAGUCUUAUCACUUUUUUUCAAGUUCUACUACAAGCAAAAUUCGCUGUCUUUACGGAACCCAUUUGGUGUGUUCAAACUCCUAAUUGAAGCAAGCGGCUUCACCACUAUCUCACCGACUGAUGAUUUUGAAACCGUAAACAGAGAAAGCUCCUACGAUCAUAAGCUGACAUUCAUGGAUAUUCUGACAUCACGUGUGAUCAAAGUCACCACAGUUGAACACUUGUCAGAAGUGAUCGAGUCUCUGUUCACAUUCAUAAGUACAGGCCUGGAUCCGACGUCCACUUCGGCGUCGGCCAUCUUACACCUCAUGAAACCUAUCGUGAAACUAAUAAACUCAGUGCCUUAUGACCAGCAAACAACCAAAACCCUGGAAGGCUUUCGAAGAUGGGCCUUCGAUUUGGAGAACCAUGACUUCUUGGCGUUCACUAUGGUCGUGUUUUGUCAAGAUAUGGCCAAUAUUGAAACAAUGGCCCACUUUCUCGAGUGUGCGUGCGAGGCAUAUUUCAAACCAACUCAAGGAGUUGUGCGGUCUUGGGAGACUAUUGCAAACAGCAUGGAGUUGCCAUACUCAGGACGCGCUGAAUUUGUAGCCACUUGUUCCAAGAAAUGCUUCUAUUUUGUCCUUGAAGUCUAUCUGAGAUCGCAACAUUUAUCAGAAGAAGAAGUUUUGAAUUUAAUUUACACAUGGUUAAAUGAUUCGAAAGCUCUGACAGCUGAAAGCGAAGUUAAAGCGUUUCUGUUGUUCUCGCGAUGUCUGGAGAAACUAGGAAAGGUGAUGUUUUCAUCGAAUGCGAUAAAAUUUGUAGAGUUGAGUCGAAAUUUCAUGACUUAUCUAAACGAACUCAGUGAGGAUCGAGAGAGCGGAGGAAUACGCGGAAUGAUUGGGCUGGGCGCAGCUUCAAAGCUCUCUCAAACAUUCAGAGUUUGCUGCAAAGCCAUCGCAUGUUUCUUACAACUGCAGAUCGAAUCAUUGAUGCCCAGUUCUGGAAAUAAUCUUAAUGAUACGUCAGGGGAUAAAAGUCCAAAGAAAGGUCAAAGUUCACAAGUGAUGCUGAAGAGUCUUAAACAAUACGCUGUCAUUAAGGAUCAUCCUCACAUCGCUGCCAAAUUACAAGUGAUGAUAAACUCGAAUCUGACCGAAGGAGUCGCGAUGGAUUCUUGGAAGGAGCUGAUGUUCAACAUGGUGUCCAGUUUCUAUAGCGAAGAAUACGGAAUCAAAGUUUUGACUAGUUAGAUUGAUAAAUAGCAAAAAAAAAUUAGAUUAAUGAUUAACAAGAUGAACAUAUUAGCUUCGAUUAUGGUGAUAAUUAAAUAUUUAGUUUAGA